AAUCUAUUUAAUCCGCCAAUUCUACCCCUUCUCUUCUUUAUGAAGAAAGCGAUCGGUGGAUCCUGAAACUCUUACAUCCCUUUCUCACUCCCUCCGUCGGGUAUCCGUUAAUUUCUUUACGAUAGCAGUCGUCAGGUUUAGGUUUCUCGACAGAUUUUGACCUUUAAUGAUAAUUUCUUUUUAUUCUUUCUCUCUCUCUCUCUGUUCUGGGAUUGAACUUAUUUCCUUCUUAAGUUAUCAUUCGCUACAUAACUCUCUCUAUCUCUCAUUGCAUUUUAUGUUUUCUUGAGAUAUUCUGCAUUAAUUUGUCUUCCGAAAACUGCAAUUGUAUUUUUUUCCGGUUAUGUUGGUGCGCUUCCUGCGAUGGUUCCAUGAACUGGUGACCGUUUUAUUUUUAAAGACGGUUGGAAUGGUUCUAUCAUCAACAUUAUCACCACUCCCAAGUUCCACCACAGACAUUGCGUGUAUUUCUGUUUUCCACCCCUUCAGCUUCCGCCAUCGUCUGAACUUUAGGCUCCUUCAAGUAUUGGAUAUACAGUAUCUACUGACAUAUUGAUGUGGGUGGUGGGUACUUUAUUGGGGUUCAGGGUUUCAGGAUAUAAUGAAUCUUCUAAUCAUGUCAGUCGCUUGGGAUUCUUUCAUGUCCUGAUCGCUCUAUGCAUCUGCCCUCAACCCUCCUAUGGUUGGGAACAACAGGCUAUUUAAUAUGAACGUUCUUGCAUCUGGUCAACUGAUGAUUGAUUGCCUCGUAUAAAUCUACACUGAAAAUUUGAUAUUAAGGAUCAUACAAGCAAUCCAAUGUUAGAAAUUGCCUCUAUGGUUUUAAGUUCUAGGCAGGUGAACUUUGAUGAACGAUUCCCUGUGAUGGUUCAAUUGCUGUUGUCACAUAAUGAAGGUGCUGCUGUUUUCAGGCGAUAUGAUGAGAAGUCUAACACCGAGUGUUGGUGAAUGUUCUAGUUUUGCAUCUUCGAACAGUCAACAUAAUGUUGAGGAUGACUGGAUGAUUGCUGUUGUACUUUCGGAAGAAUAUGCUAAAUUAGAUGGUGCUGUUCCUAGACGCCUUUCUAACCCCACACCUAUUCAUAAAUUUCAGCAUGUUCCACGGAUGAAUUCCUACAUUACGGAUGUAAGUGGGGCCAGCUUGGAUCACCAACGGCUGCUCCAGAGGUUGCAUGUUUAUGGCUUGUGUGAAGUGAAGGUCUCAGGGGACAGAAAUUGUCAGUUCCGUGCACUUUCGGAUCAAAUGUACAAGUCUCCUGAGCACCACAAAUACAUCCGGAAAGAGGUUGUAAAGCAGCUUAAAGACAACCGUUCUUUGUAUGAAGGCUAUGUCCCAAUGAAGUACAAGCACUAUUACAAGAAAAUGGCAAAAGUUGUGGUUAAGUUUCUGGGAAAUACAUUACAAUUCACUAUAUGAAAUACGAGAUGCUCCCAUUCCACAUAAGCCGAGGAGAAAAUACUGUUUGUUCUAGGGGUGUGGAUUGAUUCUGUUCAGGUUGCAUUUGGAGAGGUUGUGCAUACACUGUAUAUACAAUACUGUACUCUUAUAUUUAGUUCAUCCUGUAUUGACCAUGUCCUUUCUCUGUAUAUAUAUCUCUGUUCAUUUUGUUUUUUUUUGUUGAUGCCCUGUAUCAUAUUCAAUUUUCUCCGGUUCAGAAAAUAGCUGCUGAGUUUUUUUUUUGGUAAGGGCUGAUGAGUACUUUUAUUGACACAAUCUGAAAUUUUCACAGGCAAUCUUUUGAA